AUGCCGAGUGACGAGAAGGACCAUGGCGUGGCCAUCAACAAUCUCAACCUCAACCGCGAUUUUGAAAUGUCUGCCACAGAGUCUCCGCCCACUCAGCCCAUCAAGUCUCCAGGGAAAGUGGAACCAAUAGCGAGCACUAUAGGACCAGAGAUUGUUGUUGUCCCUCGCUCGGGGCGGCGAGGCCUGCUGGGCGGAUUCUCCGUUAUUCCUGAAAUCACCAACCCGCGUGAAUAUGGGAAUGGAACCAAAUGGGCGAUGACUGUGACUGUCAGCUUCGCUGCCAUUACUUCCUCCACGGGCUCCUCUAUCUUCUUCCCGUAUGACCUCGAUACGACUCCGACGGUUGCAAACUUGUCGGUGGCACUCUACUUGCUCGCCAUGGCUUUCACUCCUAUCUGGUGGUCCGCACUGUCCGAGAAGCAUGGACGGCGAACGACCUAUCUCCUCUCAUUUUUUCUCUUCUUGACUUUCUCCUGCAUCAGUGCCGUCAGUGUCAACGUCACAAUGUUGAUCGUUUUCCGAGUGCUCAGCGGUGGAGCCGCAGCUUCCGUCCAAUCCGUGGGCGUGGGAACCGUCGCCGAUAUCUGGGAUCCGAAAGCACGAGCCAAAGCUAUGGGAGUCUUCCAACUGGGCCCUCUCUGCGGGCACGGUCUGGCGCCCGUGAUCGGUGGUGCUUUAAAUCAGGGUCUCGGCUGGCGAAGUACCCUCUGGUUUCUCGCCAUCUUUGGCGGUGUGAUGCUGAAGUUCAUUUUCCUGUGUUUGCCGGAGACGAUCGCAAAGCGUGAGCCAAAGCCGUAG